AUAUCACCGCAAACUCUUCCCGGCUGUGCAUCUGUCUUCCUCCUUGGGACGAUAGUCUUUACUCAGAAAAGAAAUCGGAAUUGAAUGCAGUGUUGGCGUGUGAGAGUUGGGCUCCAGUGAGCAGAUGGCUCUGGAUCCUUAGGGUGAUACAUGAUCGAAGAAACGCUCCAGCCUUUUCCUCCUUGGCACGUUUCCCACAUGACGGGAGGACAAGCUUCUGGUUAGAAGACAAGUGCGCAGAGUCCAAGCCUCCUGCCACCAUGAAGGGCACCUGUGUUAUCGCGUGGCUGUUCUCGAGCCUGGGGUGGUGGAGACUCGCCCAGCCCUCAGCAGACACGCCUCAGUGCCAGAGAGCAGAGCACCCGGUCAUUUCUUAUAAAGAAAUUGGCCCCUGGUUACGGGAGUUCAGAGCGGAGAAUGCUGUGGAUUUCUCGCAGUUAACAUUUGACCCAGGACAGAAAGAACUUGUUGUAGGAGCAAGAAACUACCUCUUCAGGUUACAGCUUGAGGAUUUGUCUCUGAUCCAGGCUGUGGAGUGGGAGUGUGAUGAAGCGACCAAGAAGGCCUGCUACAGUAAGGGAAAAUCGGAGGAUGAGUGCCAAAACUACAUCCGGGUGCUUUUGGUGGGCGGCGACCGGUUAUUUACCUGCGGGACCAACGCUUUCACCCCUGUCUGCACCAACCGCACGUUGAGUAACCUGACCGAGAUCCAUGAUCAGAUCAGCGGCAUGGCCCGCUGUCCCUACAGCCCCCAGCACAAUUCCACGGCUCUCCUGACAGCCAGCGGGGAGCUGUACGCUGCGACGGCCAUGGAUUUCCCGGGACGCGAUCCUGCCAUUUACCGAAGUCUGGGCGUCCUACCUCCUCUCCGCACAGCCCAGUACAAUUCCAAGUGGCUCAAUGAACCAAACUUCGUGUCCUCCUAUGACAUCGGGAACUUCACUUACUUCUUUUUCCGAGAAAACGCCGUGGAGCACGACUGUGGGAAAACCGUGUUCUCCCGAGCCGCCCGGGUCUGCAAGAACGACAUCGGAGGGCGGUUCCUGCUGGAGGACACCUGGACCACGUUCAUGAAGGCCCGGCUCAACUGCUCGCGCCCCGGGGAGGUCCCCUUCUACUACAACGAGCUGCAGAGCACCUUCCUCCUGCCCGAGCUCGACUUGAUCUACGGCAUCUUCACCACCAAUGUGAACAGCAUCGCUGCAUCAGCUGUGUGCGUCUUCAACCUGAGUGCCAUCACGCAGGCCUUUAAUGGGCCUUUCAAGUACCAGGAGAACUCACGCUCCGCCUGGCUGCCGUAUCCCAACCCCAACCCCAACUUCCAGUGCGGCACAGUGGACCAGGGAAUGUACGUGAACCUGACGGAAAGGAACCUGCAGGAUGCUCAGAAGUUCAUACUGAUGCAGGAGGUGGUGCAGCCGGUGACUGCAGUGCCCUCCUUCAUGGAGGACAACAGCCGCUUUUCCCACGUGGUCGUGGACCUGGUACAGGGCAGGGAUGCCCUCAUCCACACCAUCUACUUGGCCACAGAUUACGGCACCAUUAAGAAGGUGCGGGCGCCCCUGACUCAGACCUCGGGGAGCUGCUUGCUGGAAGAAAUCGAGCUUUUCCCCGAGAGGCGGAGGGAGCCCAUCAGGAGCCUGCAGAUCCUCCACAGCCAGAGCUUCCUGUUCGUGGGCCUGCGGGAGCACGUGGCCAAGAUCCCGCUGAAGAGGUGCCAUUUCCACCGCACGCGCAGUGCCUGCAUCGGGGCCCAGGACCCUUACUGUGGCUGGGAUGUGGUGAUGAAGAAAUGCACGAGCCUGGAGGAGAGCCUGAGCAUGACUCAGUGGGAGCAGACCAUCUCCGCCUGUCCUACGAGGAAUCUCACUGUGGAUGGGCACUUUGGCCCGUGGUCCCCAUGGACGCCCUGCACUCACACAGAUGGCAGCGCCGUGGGAACCUGCCUCUGUCGCACCCGCUCCUGUGACAGCCCGGCCCCCCGGUGUGGCGGCUGGGAGUGCACAGGCCCCCGAAUGGAGAUCACCAACUGUUCUAGGAAUGGAGGCUGGACCCCGUGGACCUCCUGGUCUCCCUGCAGCACCACCUGUGGGAUCGGCUUCCAGGUGCGCCAGCGGUCCUGCAGCAACCCCACGCCCCGACACGGGGGCCGGGUGUGUGUGGGACAGAACCGCGAGGAAAGAUACUGCAACGAGCAUCUGCUGUGCCCCCCGCAUGUGUUCUGGACAGGCUGGGGUCCUUGGGAGCGGUGCACCGCCCAGUGCGGUGGCGGCAUUCAAGCUCGCCGCAGGACUUGCGAGAACGGGCCUGACUGCGUGGGCUGCAAUGUGGAGUACCAGCCCUGCAAUACCAACCCCUGCCCUGAGCUGAAGAAGACCACGCCCUGGACACCCUGGACACCUGUCAACAUCUCUGACAACGGGGGCCACUAUGAGCAGCGAUUUCGGUACACUUGCAAAGCCCGCCUCCCUGAUCCAAAUCUGCUGGAAGUGGGGAGACAGAGGAUCGAAAUGCGCUACUGCUCCAGCGACGGGACCAGCGGCUGCUCCACGGAUGGCCUUUCUGGUGAUUUCCUGCGAGCCGGGAGAUACUCUGCCCACACUGUCAACGGGGCCUGGUCAGCCUGGACGUCAUGGUCACAGUGCAGCCGUGACUGCAGCAGGGGCAUUCGGAACCGGAAGCGCGUCUGCAACAACCCUGAGCCCAAGUACGGGGGCUUGCCCUGCCUCGGCCCGUCCCUGGAGUACCAGGAGUGCAACAUUUUGCCCUGCCCAGUGGAUGGCGUGUGGUCUUGCUGGUCCCCCUGGUCAAAAUGCUCGGCGACAUGUGGCGGUGGACACUACAUGAGGACCCGCUCUUGCACAAACCCAGCCCCAGCCUAUGGGGGAGACAUCUGCCUGGGGCUGCACACGGAGGAGGCGCUCUGCAACACGCAGCCCUGCCCUGAGAGCUGGUCCGAGUGGUCAGACUGGUCUGAGUGUGAUGUGUCCGGAGUCCAGGUCCGAGCCCGCCAGUGCAUCCUUCUGUUCCCCGUGGGCAGCCAGUGUUCUGGAAACACCACGGAGAGCCGGCCGUGUAUUUUUGAUUCCAAUUUCAUCCCAGAAGUAUCUGUGGCAAGGUCCAGCAGCGUAGAAGAGAAAAGGUGUGGAGAGUUCAACAUGUUCCACAUGGUCGCCGUGGGGCUGAGCAGCUCCAUCUUGGGCUGCCUUCUCACACUCCUCGUCUACACCUACUGCCAGCGGUACCAGCAGCAAUCCCACGAUGCCACUGUCAUCCACCCCAUCGCACCCGCCCCUCUCAACACCAGCAUAACUAACCACAUCAACAAACUGGACAAGUAUGACUCAGUGGAGGCCAUCAAGGCAUUUAAUAAAAACAACCUGAUACUAGAGGAAAGAAACAAAUACUUCAACCCACAUCUCACUGGGAAGACUUAUUCUAACGCCUACUUUACAGAUCUCAAUAAUUAUGAUGAGUACUAAUAGCUUUUAUAUUUUUGGCUUCUUGUAAUUCUCCAGUUCCUCAAGGCCUGUGCUCCAUGACUGCCCAUGUCUCUGAGACUUCAGAGAUGAAGUUUGGAUACAUUUCAAGUGCAUUUCAAGCCACGAGUGUCCCAUUGCUGCCAAAAAUAGAUGUCCUUAAAAACAAAAAUCUAAAUAUGACAUUGUGAAAAUCUGGUCUACACUAUUUGAACAUUGUUGAGUGAA